UGCUAUUGCAGGUAACCAGGAUUUGUCCAGCCCACACAGAGUCGGAUGAGGAAGUAGCCGCUGGGUUGCUACAUGCACUCCGCAGGGCAGCGUUAAAGCAAAGAAAAAAGGAAACUUGGUUUGGAUUAGUUUCCAGAGGCAGUGGGGAUCCAUUGAGCGGGAGCAACAGCAGAAAUGAAGCUUCGCCUUCACUUCGUAGUGGAUCCGAUGGGCUGGCUCUGCAUCAGCGUGGUGUUUGGGAUCUGGCUCUACAACACUUUCUUCGUUCCCAAACUGGUGCUGCUCCCACACUAUGACGAAGGGCACAUCCCCUGGGCCUUAGUUGUUUGUUAUUACCUAGCAUCGGCUCUAUGUGUGAUGGCCCUGCUCAGAGCUUCCACCGCAGAUCCUGGACGUCUUCCUGUGGAUCCACAUAUACCUCACUCUGAAAGAGAACAGUGGGAGUUGUGCAAUAAGUGCAACUUGAUGAGACCGAAAAGGUCGCACCACUGCAGCCGCUGUGGCCACUGUGUGCGCAGGAUGGACCACCACUGCCCCUGGAUCAAUAACUGCGUGGGAGAAGACAACCACUGGCUCUUCCUGCAGCUGUGUUUUUACACUCAGGUCCUCAGCUUAUUCACACUGGUGCUGGACUUUUGCCAGUACUAUUAUUUCCAGCCCCUGACAAGACUAGACCAGGAAAAGUUUACGACACGUCAUGAACUGGCUCUGCUGCGAGUUUCAGCGCUCAUGGGCGUUGUCAUGUUCGGUGGCAUGUCGAGCUUGUUUUACUCGCAGAUGGCUGGCGUCCUCUCAGAUAUGACCACUAUUGAGAAAAUGUCUGAGUUCUCCAGUGAAACAUAUGGUACAAAAAGAACGUGGCAGUGGGCGCUCGCUGAGGUUUGUGGCACUCGCUGGAAACUUCUGUGGCUCCUCCCGCUGCGCAGCAGACAGCCUCUCCACGCCGGCCACCACUACCGCAGCCACGUGUAGCUCUGUGACUCUACAUUCCCCUUCCUGCCUGCACUUUCGGUAGAAGUUGCUACAGUUGAACACUCCACAUACUCCUAAAACAAAUCUGUGUGCACACCUUCACCGCCCUCUUGCUGCGCUACGAGAGCUGGGCAGCAGAUACUUGUGUUGUUUUGUUUUGGUUUUUGCUUGGUUUUAUUCAGUUUCUCUCCAGGAACAGGGUCACAAACACUAUUUUGGAAUCUUGUUAAAAAGUUUUGAUCACUGUGACUGCUAUUUUUAGCAUCUGGAAACCACCUUUAAUGGUUAUUUACAUGAUGGGGAUGGAAGCAGUGGGACAUCUCUCAGGUUAUGUCAUAAAGAGCCUUCACUAGUAAUUAGCUACAGACAGAAUAACUACAAAUCUGUUAGAAGUGUUUGAUUUUUGUAUAAAGUUUGUGCCUUGUUUUUGUUUUUGGUAUUUACCAAAUUUUAGAAAAGGAUCUGAAGUAUGACUAUCUUCUAAUGAUUCAUGAAUGUUUUCUUUGAUUGUUUUACUAUGGUUUUAACUACAAUGUGUGUAUUUUUAGGAGCAUAAUACCACUGAACAAAGUUGAUAGCUUUCGAUCUAGAGAUGUCAUAUGACUGCUGAGAGCACUAACGCAAAAUCAAGCUAAUAUAAUCACUCCUCGAUAGUGACUUUUGUAGUUAAUCCUGCUGUUAAAUAUGAGUUUAAUAUUCACUGAUCAGUAGUUGAUGUUUGCUGUAUAUUAUUUGUCAAAUUAUACUGUUAGAGAUACCUUGAGUCAUGAAGAGUUCAAGGUACAGUCAUAAGAUAAAAAAAAUCUAUCUCUUAUACAGUCAUGGGAAAAGCUAAGUACACUCAGUGCAUAAUUUAUUAGCUUGUAGAACCACCAUUAGCAGCAAUAACCUGACUUUAUCAGUCACUCAGCAUCAGUCCAGUGAGGACUAUAGCUCUUAUUUAUGGCUCAUCCACUACACCAUAUCAAUUAGAUUGAGGUCAAUAACCAUAGCAACACAUUGAUUCUAGUUACCUAAUUGGCUAAUUUUUCUAUCUGUCUGACCUUUACUGUUGGAUAGAUUAAACUUUGACAUACAGAGGAGUUCAGGGUUCUGUGGCUACCAAACAAGCCCAAAUCAUUGCUCUGAUUGUCAUAUGGUAUUGGGGUAUUUGUCCUCACAGCACCGUAUUUAUCAAUACGGCGCUGUGUGUUAUGGUCAAAUAUCUCUGCUUUAAUCUCAAU